AUGUUUAAAUCUAUCAAUAAAGUUGGUAAUCAAUGGUUGAAGGUUAAUAGACCAAUCAGAAGUCAAUUUACCUCAAUUAGAUUAAAUUCAACUAUACCACCACCACCAAAGAAGAAGGCAGGUUUUUUCAAAACUGCCAAAAGAUUAACAUAUUUAUCUAUUUUUGGAUCAAUUGGUUAUAUUGGUUAUAAAGUUUACAUGGAAAAAAAUCCUGCUGAUCAAGUUAAACAAUCUCCAAUUUUCGAAAGUGGUCAAAGAAAGAAAACUUUAGUUAUUUUAGGUACUGGAUGGGGUUCAAUUUCAUUUUUAAAGAACUUAGAUACUUCUUUAUACAAUGUUGUUGUUGUUUCUCCAAGAAAUUAUUUCCUUUUCACUCCUUUGUUACCUUCCUGUCCUACCGGUACUGUUGAAUUAAGAUCAAUUAUUGAACCUGUCAGAUCAAUUACUAGAAGAUCAAGUGGUGAAGUUAUCUAUUUAGAAGCUGAAGCUACUGAUAUUGAUCCUGUUAACAACAAAUUAACUAUCAAACAAUCAACUACUGUUCAUUCUGGUCAUUCAGGUAAAGAUACUUCCUCAUCUAAAUCAACUAUUGCUGGUACUGAAGAAAUUACUACUUCAUUAAACUAUGAUUAUUUAUUAAUUGGUGUUGGUGCUCAACCUUCAACUUUUGGUAUUCCUGGUGUUGCUGAACAUUCAACUUUCUUGAAAGAAGUUAGUGAUUCAAUCAAAAUUAGAAAGAACUUGAUGGACAUUAUCGAAGCUGCUAACAUUUUACCAAAAGGUGAUGCUGAACGUAAGAGAUUAUUAUCAAUUGUUGUUUGUGGUGGUGGUCCAACCGGUGUUGAAGUUGCUGGUGAAUUACAAGAUUACAUUGAUCAAGAUUUAAAGAAAUGGAUGCCAGAAGUUGCUUCUGAAAUUAAAGUUACUUUAGUUGAAGCCUUACCGAAUGUUUUAAAUAUGUUCAACAAGAAAUUGGUUGAUUAUACCAAAGAAGUUUUCCAAGCUACCAACAUUGAUUUAAAAACUAACACUAUGGUGAAACAGGUUACUGACAAAAAUGUCAUUGCUCAAGUUAAAUCAGCUAAAGACGGAUCCACUGAAAUGGUUGAUAUUCCUUAUGGUAUGUUAAUUUGGGCUACUGGUAAUGCUUUAAGACCAAUCGUUCGUAACUUAACUUCUAAAAUCGAUGAACAAAAGAAUGCUAGAAGAGGUUUAUUAGUCGAUGAUAAAUUUUUAGUUGAUGGUACCUCAAACAUUUAUGCUUUAGGUGAUUGUACUUUCACUAAAUAUGCUCCAACUGCUCAAGUUGCUUUCCAAGAAGGUGUUUACUUAGGUGAAUAUUUCAAGAAAUUACAUGAAAUUGAUACCUUAAACUAUCAAUUAACUAAUUCCAAACCUUCAGAUAACAUUAAUGUUGAAAGAGUUUCAAAGAAAUUAUCCAAAUUGAAAGAAAAAUUACCAACUUUCAAAUACAACCAUCAAGGUUCUUUAGCUUAUAUUGGGUCUGAAAGAGCUGUUGCUGAAUUAGCUUGGGGUGAUUGGUCAAACAUCCAAACUGGUGGUGCUUUAACUUUCCUCUUCUGGAGAUCAGCCUAUGUCUACAUGUGUCUUUCAGUCAAGAACCAAAUUUUAGUUUGUUUAGAUUGGGCUAAAGUUUCUUUAUUCGGUAGAGAUAUUUCCAAAGAAUAA